AUGGGCAAGGGACCUAGCCGAUCAAUCCCACAUCACAGUCUCCAGUCGCCCUGGAUACCAGGGUUCCUGGACGAAAAUCAUUCUUAUGUGGGUUGGGAUCCUUAUCAACAUCCACAGAAGCAGAACCUUAAAGUUAAAACAGACUCGAGAUCUGCCAUCGGAGCUGUAGCUCCACUUGACAAGCCAAAACUUGGACCUAAAACCGACCAGUUAGGAAAAAAUGAUCAGUCUAAAUUAACUCGAUGGCGUCGAGCCAACCAUGGAUCAGAUAUCAGCCCUGUCCUUCCAAGUAUCCGGUCAGGGCCGUCAGGAAAGAAGGUGUUGAAAGCUGAUUCCUCCGCCCGCUUCCGCAGAGCAAAGCAAGAUGCAGACCCUAGUUUGAACUGGCUUGGCCAUCCUCUAUUCUUUUACGGAAAAGAAAACGCACGUUUCUCACCUCUGGUCCGCUGUUACAAUGGAUCGAACCCCCGGAAAUGGCGUCGUCAAUUUUGUCCAUUCUCGACGUGGUAG